UUUAUUUAAUUAUUUCUCCCAAAAUCAAAUCACACCCAUACGUACAUCUGAACCUUACUUUUUUAUAUUAAUAUUAUGUUUUUGCUACGUGCCCUUAGUUUUCCAAAAUCUUUUGCACUAAUGGACCCCACGUGUUCAGUUCCCACUCCUUCAAAUACCCCUCCCAAACGCUUCCUUUCCUCCCUUUUCCCCUUCUCUCCUCCCUCCGGUUCACUCUUUUCAAUUAACCGGUUUUUUCCCUCUCUUAUUUCGUUCUUUGCAUUUCAACGAACCAUGUUGUUCCACGAAGCGGUCCAGUUACCAUGCUCUGAUCCGGUUCACGAAAUCAUGCUGACCGAAAGCGAAAUAGAAGACCUCUUUUCUCUCAUUAACCAAACGAGGGACCCGGUCAGCCCCGGAUCCGGUUCACAGGGUUCGAACCGGGCGGUUUACUCGCCAGAGGAAAGAAAGCGGAGACGCAUGCAGUCGAACCGGGAAUCUGCCCGAAGGUCACGCUACCGAAAGAAGAAGCACGUAGAGAAUCUCACGAGCCAACUGAACCGGUUGAGAAUCCAAAACCGGGAACUCAAAAACCGGCUUGCCUCCACCAUGCACCACCAUCUACUACUUUCCCUACAUAAUGAUCAUCUUGAAUCCGAAUCCGUUGCCCUUAUGGCCAAACUUUCGGGUCUAUGUGCCAUUUUAGGCACUAUGCUUUCACAAUAAUAAAAGAGAAGCAAUUCGUUACUCAUUAUAAAACCAAAUAGUAACAAAGCAUUGAGAAUGAGACUAUAUACUAUAAUUUAUAUGUUGAACUUCUCUAUGUUACUAGCUAUAUAUAAUAUUAAUUAUAGAAUAAAGUUCUCUACGUCGAUUGCGCACAACCAUUGGAAAUGCCUGGUUGGUGCUAGCUAGAGACUAGAAUGUACUCCUUUAUGUUAGUUUUUUGAGGGGUCGAGUUUUUUUUUUUUUUUGGUUAAUUACUAGGAGAAGGAAGACAUGGUUACGUGGGUGAGAGAAGACCGACGUUGUUGGAAGUACGAUGAUGUAGGGAUUUGAAGGUCUACUCUCUUUUUUUUUUUAUCAUGUUGUAACCUUUAUCCUUUGGGAGCUUUUUUGUAAAUUUGUAUAACUUUAGUGAUCGGUGAAGUAGCAACAUUUUAAUAAGUGUUGAGGCUCGAUGGGCAUCUUCAUGGAAUAUGUUAAUUUUGUUAUGAAGAAAGUCUUAAUUUCAUAUUAUGUAAAUAUGCUGCUAGCUA